CACGACCGGGCUGAUCCAUCAACCUGUUUCUCCCCAGCUACCAAACAUCAAUAAAAAAACAUCCUAUAAUCCCUUAUAGCCGCGGCGGUUUGAAACAUUUUUGUGGUUGAACUAACAAAGGAGCAGCAAAUCCCCCGGUCAGGGAGCUCUCUGCGCUGUUAUUCCUUCUUAUUUUAUACCAACAACACGUUUUAAGUAGCGUUCUGCCGAGGUGGAUUGAGUGCGUUCACGUCGCGAGACGUUCGGGUCGAGAGUUGAAUAAUCUAGAGUAGGCCCACGCGUGGGUCGCGGAUUGAGCGCCUGUGAUUGGUCGCCUGGCAGUCAGCGGCACUUCAAAGCGACAGGGAAACUACAACUACAGGAGAGUCAGGCGGGAUGAAGCAGUUGUCUUCUUCACUCAAAGCGAAAACACUUGAGACGUGCGAAGUAAACAACAUGGCUGCUACUUUACUUGGGGAGGAACCCCGGCUGGGCAGCGCGCCUCUGGCAAUGCUGGCCGCCACCUGCAGCCGGAUCGGAGACCUGAGCCCCUCGUCCUCCCCGGCGCUGUCGGACGGGACCUCGGGGCUCGCCAAGGGCUUCCUCCCGUGGAGGAGAGCGGCGCCCUGCAUGUCCUCCGGCCUGGGCGCCAACCUCUCCUCGCUUGGGACGCACUCCUCCAGGAAUAACGCGGGCGGUGGGCUUUCCGAGGGGGUCAACGUGUCCGCCUUCUCCAGCGCCUUUUCCGUGUCCGCGCCCUGUUCCACGUUUGGGAAUGACUUCUCCAUGUACCCCAGCGCCGUGUCGUCGGACGGCGGCGUCCACGAACACACCAACGCGCAGCGCUCCAUGUUUCUGUCCAAAUUUCCCACGACUGUGGACGGCAUACCGGGGAUCUAUCCGAGGAUGCCCGCGCACCAUUAUGAUUCGUGGUUCAAGCCCGAGGUUGGGAACGUCUCCAACGGCUCUCCCGUUUGGUGGGACAUGAGUGGGGGCUGGGUGGACACUCAGAGUCCGGUGGGCUUGCCAUCUCCCAUGAACGGCUACAGCACAGAGUACAGCCCUCUGUCCCACGGCCACGCUGCACUGAGCCCCGGCCCGCCGCAGCAUCUCCUGCAGGCCAAUUUCUCCGACGUCAAGCCGCAGCUCCUGGAAAGCUUCAGACCCUCAAUCACGCGCGCCUAUUCAGACUCCAACGGUAUCGGCGCCUCCGCGUUGACCGAGAACGCGGUGCUCUCGCUGCCCGCCUCCUCGCGGUCCUCCUCGCGUCGCUACACCGGGAAAGCCACAUGCGACUGUCCCAACUGCCAGGAGGCCGAGAGGCUCGGGCCGAGCGGAACGAGUCCACGCAGGAGAGGCCUGCACAGCUGCCACAUACCUGGCUGCGGGAAGGUGUACGGCAAGACGUCGCAUCUGAAGGCGCACCUGCGCUGGCACACCGGCGAGCGGCCGUUCGUCUGCAACUGGCUGUUCUGCGGGAAGCGCUUCACGCGCUCCGACGAGCUGCAGCGGCAUUUGCGCACGCACACGGGGGAGAAGCGCUUCGAGUGCGCCGUGUGCCACAAGCGCUUCAUGCGCUCGGACCACCUGAACAAGCACGCGAGGACGCACAGCGCGGACGGCUCGGAGGACGGUGGGGCGCCGGGGGGGUCUCUGGGCAAAGGGGGCAGCGACACGGAGAACAGCGCGUCCGGGAGCCCGAGUCACCAGUCCCCGGAGCUGUUGCUGCACGCUGCUAAGGAGCCAGGGCUGGGCCCCAACCCACACAACUCUGCUGAUUAACCUGAACACAAAAGUUAACAAGAACAAGUGACUCUUGCAAGAAAAUUUGCAAUAUCAAAAAGAGAGUGCUUUUUAGUUGUGGGACAGGAACAGAAAACUGGGCACUUUAAUGCUACGCUUCACCUGUGGAUGGAAACUGUCCUUACCUCAUCUUUAAUGUCCCAUUUGGUUUCUGAUGACGUCAUUGACCGUGUUGGUACUGCGUGCUUUAGGCUACUUUUCUGAUUUAAUGAAUGAGUUUUUUUAUUGGCUCAUUUUUCCCAUAGUGAGAAUUUUGUCAUGUUCUGUCUUGAUAUGUGGCACUUUGAACUAUAAUGUCUAUUUAUUUAUUUUGGAACAUUCUCUUUUUGUUGUUUUAGUUACACUGGGCAUAUGUGGUAUUUCUCAUAAAUCAAUUAAACUGGAUAUGACUUA